GUUUGUCCCUCGCUGGCUGCCGUACAGAGCGUUAGGUUUGUCCCUCGCUGGCUGCCGUACAGAGCGUCUUGUGCUGAGCUGCGUGUGAAGGUCGACAUCGAACCUGUGAUCAUCAUGUCUCUGCCAAAGCCGAUGAUGAGGGGGAUGCUGGGGAAGCGUCUGAGGUUUCACCUGCCCAUCGCCUUCGCCGUGUCUCUGCUGUCUGCAGUGGCUUUGAAGUACACGGUGACGGAGCCGAGGAAACAGGCCUACGCCGAGUUCUACAAGACGUACGACGCCGCCAAAGACUUCAACGCCAUGAAGGAGGCCGGCGUGUUCGAGAGCGUGCAGCCGUCUGGAGAGUAAAACCUCCCUCUUCGUCUCUGUCUUUCAUUCCUGAUCUGAGGAUGAAGUUCCUUCCCGUCGUCUUGGAUGCUAUCUACUGAUUUAGACGUGAACAUCGCUGUACUAUUUUGUUCCUCUCAAUAAAAUAUUAUAUUAAUGUAAA